GGGCGGGGAAGAGCCCGCCGGGGAGACGGUCCGCCGGUCCUUCGCGCCCGCCCGCCCGCCCGAUCGGCCCGGCCCGGCUCCGCUCCACCAUGAUCAAGGCGAUCCUCAUCUUCAACAAUCACGGGAAACCCCGCCUCUCCAAGUUCUACCAGCCUUACAGUGAAGAUACACAGCAACAAAUCAUUCGAGAAACUUUCCACUUGGUAUCCAAACGAGAUGAAAAUGUUUGUAAUUUUCUAGAAGGAGGCCUGUUAAUAGGGGGAUCUGACAACAAACUGAUUUACAGACAUUAUGCCACAUUGUAUUUUGUCUUCUGUGUGGAUUCUUCAGAAAGCGAACUGGGCAUUUUAGACCUAAUACAGGUAUUCGUGGAAACAUUAGACAAAUGUUUUGAAAAUGUCUGUGAGCUGGAUUUAAUUUUCCAUGUCGACAAGGUCCACAAUAUUCUGGCAGAAAUGGUGAUGGGGGGAAUGGUUCUGGAGACCAACAUGAAUGAAAUAGUUACACAAAUUGAUGCCCAAAAUAAGUUGGAGAAAUCGGAGACCUUUAUCUUUCAGUCUCCCAGACAGGACAGGUAGACAAGGCUGGCUUAGCAGGAGCUCCAGCCCGUGCUGUAUCAGCUGUAAAGAAUAUGAACCUUCCCGAGAUCCCAAGAAAUAUUAACAUUGGUGACAUCAGUAUAAAAGUGCCAAACCUGCCCUCUUUUAAAUAAAAAGUCUACUCCCAGGUAAAAUCCAGGGGGAAAAAAAGUCAUCUAGGUUUACCAUGCAGUUGUUUACCAAAUAAAGAGGAAGAGAGUCUAACUUUUGCUAUUGGAUUUAGAAUCAAGGUACUGUAUAGAAAUUGUGUGUAAAAAUCAGUUUGUGAAAUUCAGUGUUGCUUUUGUCUUGCUCAGCAAUUUUAAAGGAAAUGGUCCUGUGUGAUUUUUUUUUUCUAAAUUACAUUCCUAUGCCCUGUAAGGCAUGGUAGAACUUGGCUGCUGCAGUAUUUUGAAAAAGUAUUUAAAACAAUUCUUUACUAUGUACUACCCAAUCUAUGGAGUAUUUUAUAUAUUCUACUAAUAGUGCAGCAUUCCUUAACUCUUCCUGCUCUCUGUCAUGAGUAUUAUUUAAGAAUCAUGUAUAAAUGUUGCAUGAAACAUUAAAAAAUCCUUUUUGUUUAAAUAAACUUUAAAUUUACUGGACUUCCAAAA